AUGAGUCAACCAAGUAUUUCUGGAAUGUCGUUGGACCAGAGCCAGAAGCGGCCAUUCGGAUCUUUGACUGCACAGGAGAUGUAUGAUCGAACACGACCUUUGACUACUAAGGAAUUAAUUGCAUGCAUUGAAGAAGAUUCUGAUAUAGAGAAUGCAGAUGAAGUAGAAGUUACAUAUAUCUCUCCUAAUGUUGAUGAAAUUACUGAUGACGAAGACCUAGAUGAUAAUUCAUUCAAGAAGAUAAUAUUGAGCAGAAGUUGCUGGAACAUAUGA